AACGGGGUCCUGCGGCAGGUCCUUCCGGGAGGGUGACAUUCAGCCGGCCAGUCGGGGCGACGGGCUUUCCGUCCUAGAACCAUGGCCCAGGUUGUCCGUAACCUCGCGGAGAAGGCCCCGGCGCUGGUCAGCGCUGCUGUGACUUACUCGAAGCCUCGAUUGGCCACAUUUUGGCACUAUGCCAAGGUUGAGCUGGUUCCUCCAACCCCUGCUGAGAUCCCUACAGCUAUUCAGAGCUUGAAAAAAAUUAUCAAUAGUGCUCAAACUGGUAGCUUCAAACAGCUCACAGUUAAGGAAGCUCUACUGAAUGGUUUGGUGGCCACUGAGGUGUGGAUGUGGUUUUAUGUUGGCGAGAUCAUAGGCAAGCGUGGCAUCAUUGGCUAUAAUGUUUGAAGACCAAUCUUUGCUUUGUUAUUUGGGUGUUCUUGGACCAUGUGUGAGCAGACUGCUAUUUGAAUAAAAUAAGACAAUGUGUCAAAA